AUGUCGAAAUCCAGCCCGCCAUCAAGGCGGACGUCAUCCAGGUCAAAGCAUACGCAAGCCUCUUCGCUUUCAGCUUCCGGCGCUCCCUCGAGUUCACGUUUCCUCAAUGCACUCAAUUCUAUGAAUAGCAACUAUCAUGGCUACACACAAGCAAAUCAAACUGUUCCAGAAGAGAACGACGAGAAUGGUAGCGAUGGAGCUCGGGAGGACGUUGACUUGGAGGUUGGGCGGAGUAACAUCUUUCAUAGCUCACGCGAGGGCAAACCUUCAGCCAGAUCUCAGGGGAAGCGUCGAGUGGCUUGGGAUGCUGGAGCAUCUGAGAUGAACGCGCUACAUCCUGAUAUUCACAAAGAAGAUAAGCUCCACGAGCACGAAUCCUCGGACGACGAGGUGCCACAGAGCUUCAAGGUCGAACCUACGGCUCCACAGCGUACCGUUUCGCCCAAGUUCAAUAAUCACCCCCGGAGACACGAGCCACGCAGUCAGGCUUUAUACUCGACGUCUGGCAGACAGCUUCCCCCCUUAUUGCCCACUGUGGUCGACAAAUCACCCUCUCCGGUUUCAGCGCCGCCCAAACCCUCUGAGAUUGACGAUGAAGACGACCCACAAAAUUAUUGGAAAGAUCGGGCGGCCAGUCAAGGAUCGAGCUCUGGCUCACGGCAAGCAAGACCUACGAUGCGCGGGUUGGAUGACUAUGAGAAAGCUCUGUGGAAUUGGGUCAACGUCUACAACCUGGACGCGUUUCUACAAGAGGUGUACUAUUACUAUGAAGGCAAGGGAAUUUAUAGCAUCGCCCUGGCUAGAGGGCUGAACCUAUUGACGGUUGGUUUUGUUAUCGGGUUCUCGACGUUUCUUCUUGGUUGCAUAGACUAUUCUGGCAUACGACGUCAUAAGCACACGCAACUCUCCGAUGUAGUGGUCCACCACUGUGUUUCUAGAUUUUCGGGAUUUACACUCUUAUUUUUCCUGCUAUUCACCGCAUUCUAUGUCUGGCAAAUAAUAUCGUAUGCUUUGGGCAUUAAACGUCUCGUCGACAUGUAUAAUUUCUACACUCAUCUACUAAAAAUACCAGAUGCUGAUAUCCAGACAAUAUCGUGGUCAGAAGUUGUUCGUAGGAUAGGUGCUAUUCGGGAGGAAAACCCCUUGACUGCGCUAUCUUCGAAGAAAGGGAGAACAAGUGAUGAUACCUCCACCGCGAAACUGGAUGCGCAUGACAUUGCCAAUCGGAUAAUGCGGCAAGAAAAUUACUUGAUUGCGCUCUUCAACAAAGAGCUGCUAAACCUACGAGUACCCUGGCCUGCCUUUCUGAAACUGUUCCUGUCUGAAGAGAAUGGCAAAGGGAGGAUGUUAACGCAGGCCUUGGAAUGGAAUCUUCGUUUUUCCCUUAUGGAGUACCUGUUCGAUGAUCACGGCAAGGUUAGAAGAGUGUUCUUGAAGUCGAAGAAUAGAGAAGCCCUGAGACGGCGUUUCAUCUUUAUGGGCAUUCUGAACGCCAUUUUUGCACCGUUCAUCGUUCUUUAUUUCCUUAUGUAUUCGUUCUUCCGGUAUUUCGAGCAAUACCACAAAGAUCCAUCUUCCGCUGGUGGCCGUCGAUACACCUCGUUCGCCCAAUGGAAGUUCAGGGAAUUCAACGAACUACCUCAUGUUUUCAUCCGCCGAUUAGAUGAAAGCUACCCCGUGUCGAACAUGUAUAUUGGUCAGUUUCCAAACGAGAAAAUGACCUUAGUGAUGCGAUUCGUUGCCUUCAUUGCGGGCUCAUUUGCUGCCGUUCUCGUUCUUGCCACAGUUAUCGACCCGGAAUUGUUCCUCAGCUUUGAAAUCACAGAACACAGAACGAUCCUAUUCUAUCUCGGAGUUUUCAGUGCUGUCUUGACAGUCGCGAGGGGCAUAAUACCUGAGGAUAAUCGAGUCUUCGAUCCCGAGUUGCUCAUGACGGAGGUCAUCAACUAUACCCACUACAUGCCGGAGGAGUGGAAAGGCCAACUUCACAGCAAGAAGGCAAGUAGUACCACUUCAUCCUUGUACACACCUCUAAAACAAUGCUUUCAGGUACAUCAAGAAUUCGGCGAACUUUUUGCAUUGAAGAUCCUGAUUUUCUCGCAAGAAAUCGUCUCCGUCCUUCUUACGCCGUUCAUCCUGUGGUUCUCACUUCCGGAAUGUGCACCAGCGAUCAUCGACUUCUUCCGCGAGUUCACCGUACAUGUCGACGGACGAGGCUACGUCUGCAGCUUUGCUGAAUUCAACUUUGAGCGGCAUGGGAAUGUCAAGUUCGGUGCGCCGUCGAAGGCGAGAGCAAACAACAAGAAGAUGAUCUCGAAUGAGGGUAAGAUGGAGAAGAGUUUCCUGAACUUCAAGGCUGCCAACCCAGAAUGGAAUCCCACCGACCCAUCCGGCUCUCUCUACUUGAGUAGGAUGGCAGAUAUUAACGCUCUCCAUCGGUACCCCUACUACCGCCAACGGCCAGUCCCGGGCUUUACACCACCAUAUGAAGGUGCCCUUCAUCCAGCAGCAUUCGAGGCGUCGUACAUGGACAACGGGUACGAAUACGACCAGGCGCUCAGGCAGAGUCGAUUAAUGGCGCUACGGAGGAGAGGAGGCGGAGCAGGAGGGGUAUAUGGGCUUGGGCAGAGUAUGAUGGGUAUGUCGACGUUGAUGGCCACGGGCCCUGCUGCUGCAUCGGUGUAUGCGGACCCUGCCCAUGCACGGAGUGCGAUCCUAGGCGAUUCGCAGGGGAGUGCGUUGUUGGGUGCUGCCACUGCGGGCACGUCUACAGGCACAGGUGCGUUAGCCUCGUCUUCGGCGACGGUCAAGAAGGGCACCAGUGCGAUUCAUCCUGAGAAUCUUGCGCUGGACGGUGGAGUUGGGAGCGGGCUCGGCGAGUCGUAUGUCGAUGGUGCGAAGCCCCGGUAUGGGGCUGGAGGAGGGAAAGAAGAAGAGGAGGAGGAGCCCGUAGAAGAUGGCGGUGUCUUGGGGUUGCUGGCUCAGAUCUAUGGCCAUGGCCGAAAGGAUGGACCUCCUGUCGUCAUGUAG